AUUAUCUUGUCCCUUGAUUGGUCCUCUGGUCAGGUAUUCCUCAGGUUACUGAGCUUGUUAACCCUUUACAGGUAAAAGAGACCUUAACCCUUAACUAUCUGUUUAUGACAGGAGAGGAUUUAAGUUCAUGCCAAAUCGCCCAUUUUGAAGCUGGCCACAUGACCCUGGAAACUCCCUCAAGAAUCCAUCUCUUCCAUGUUGUCCUAGAAAAUCCCAGCUUCUCCCAGCUCGGCGUGCUUUGGAGAAAGAUACGUUCAACCAUAACGUUUAUUCCCAUCCAUUCCCUUGUGCUGAUCUACCGGGCACUCAGGGCUGCAGACAUUACACUCCACCUCUACCUGAUACCCAACGACCACUCACUCAGGAAGGCCAUUGAAGAAGAAGAAACGAAGUGGGAGUCAAAGCUCAUUCUCAAACCUCCUCAGACCAAUGCACUGUACUUUGGAUCUCAGUAUGAGGUGUCUGGUACAUCAGAGCUAAAGAUAACACCUGACCAACUGGAGCUCUGCUAUAGAAGCCCGGCAGACCAGCAGCCUUAUAUUGAGCUCUACAUGACGGAGCUGGAGGAGGAAAUCAAGCUUCACAUGAAAGACAGAAAAGACGGGAAAUUGGUUUGGAAGACGUUUGUGAGGCCAGUAUCCUUCAACCCGCACGCUACAUCAUCACUGGAUGGUACCAUCAGGCCAGUGAUGAGACAACGGCGGAAGAAGGGAGAGGAGAGACAAACAGCUGGAAGAUGCCAGGAGUCUGCGGCACCAAGGGCUGAUGAGUCACUGUGUUGGUGUCAUUAGGCAGGACGUUAGCCAAAUAGGGCUCGUCUCCCCCCGGAGCUUACCUAAUUACACCAAGGAGGCACGGAGAACAGGAAGACGAGUACCACACCCUUUAUUGAUCGGUCAGCUGAGCGGGUGCUCUGAUCGGCUAGUGCCAGAAGAGAGAGACACUGUACAAGCCCGGACGGGCCCUUUUAUAACCAAUAACAAACAACUUAGCCUACGUUCGUUUACGUCAUUUGGUUGACCUGUAGAACCUGUACAUGUAUCUGUUAGGGGAUAAUUGGGUACGCAGGAUACAUAUAUCAUUUUGUGGGGGACACAAGAUACAUACAGCUGUUGAGGAUACAUUUGUCAUUCUGAAGGGUACAGCUGUUGAGGAUACAUUUAUCACGAUAAGGGGGGAGACAGGAUACAUCUAUUGACCCUUUGUACUAAAUACUUUGGAGACUUACAUGGGAACACAGCUGCAUACACUUGGGGAGCCAACAUAUACUUGGGGAGCCAAACAAAACUGAUAAGCAAUGCACUGACAUAGGCCUUUGUUCUAUCUAGUCCUUGAAGCUUUCCAACUCACGGGCCAUAGUUUGCCCACCUCUGGCCUAGCGAGUGCAGUUUGGUUGAGGGGGAGUCACUCAGUCAGUGCAUGACAAGCACAGUUCUGCUGCCCUUGAGUCACCCAACAAGGAUAACAACCCGCAUGACCCCUCCCCAAUAACACAGAGACUGGUGACCCAACACCAGCCACAAGUGAGCAUUCGGGCAAAGCAGCCCGUCGUGCUGAGCCCCGAGGCAGGGUGCGUGCGCCCCUGCAACCAAGGUCAGCUCCUGAA